AGCAGCUGUUACAGCCAGAAAUGUUUCCCAUCCUCAAUCUUGGAUUACCCAGAAACUUUUAAUCAACCCCACACACAAAGACUGACCCUUUCCCCAGGUCCCUGACAUUAACCAAUCAGUUUGCAUCCUGAUGUUCAGACUGUUUACCCGUGUGGGGGUUACUCUCUGCCUUUUUCAGGAAAUUACUUUGCCAGUCAUUUCAUCAUGGGAGGAGAGAGGUUUGACUCCACUCAUCCUGAAGGCUACCUGUUUGGAGAGAACAGUGACCUCAAUUUUCUGGGAGUCCGCCCUGUACCUUUUCCCUAUGCUGCUCCACCCCCUCAGGAUCCAGUGAAGACAUUACGGAGCUUGAUAAACAUCCGGAAAGACACUCUGCGACUGGUCAAGUGCAGUGAGGAGGUGAAGACUCCAGGUGAGGAACUCCUGAAGCCUAAGGUCUACUACAACGUGGAGUUUACUUUCGAUGCUGACGCGCGUGUGGCCAUCACAAUCUAUUACCGAGCAACAGAGCAGUUUCAGAAUGGCUGUGCCAGUUACAUAGUGAAGGAUAACUCCCUCCAAUCGGAAACUGUGCACUACAAACGGGGCGUGUGCCAGCAGUUCUGUUUGCCAUCUCACACCAUCGACCCUUCAGACUGGAUGGAGGAUGAGGUAAAAAACAGCAGUACUUACAGAAUGUACAGGAUCCGGGUCAUUCCCAUGGGCGACCUGUCAGACAUCACAUUCCGAUCAGCAAAGAGGGGCAAGAUAACUCAACAGAGCAGAUUCCAGAGGAGGUCACAGAGAUAG